UAUAUAUAUAUUUUUGUUUUGAAGGAAGAAGAAAUUUUCUGAUGUCAAUAACAUUAUCAAUCCCCCAAUGGAUUAUUCUUUUGUUAAAAUUUAUGAGAAAAUGUGGUUUUACAAGCUUCAAACUUGUGGGGAGGACCUUAUGGACACUCAUAUAAAUGUAUGUUUUUAUUACUUGAGGAAGAAGAUUAAGUUGAUUGAUGGUUUGAACAAGAGGGUUACAACUACAGACUCUUGGUUUGAUGCAACUAUCAAGGGUUUGUAUGAUAACUUUGUGGCAACCAAAUGUGAUUCAAGCAGCAUUCAUUUUGAUAACCUAAUUUCAUAUUACAUUAUUGGUGAAUAUUUGUUUUGUAACACUCCUUGGGUGGAUGUGGAUCAUGUUCUUUUUCCUGUGCAUGUGAAGGUUCAGUUGCAUUGGGUUUUUAUUCACUUUUCCAUUAAGAGUAGGAUGUUAACUGUCUACAAUUCUUUGACGGGGAAGAAGAAUGAGAGUAUUGAUUUGCCAUAUGUGAAGGCUUAUUCUGUUGUUUUACCAUAUUUUCUAGAUUUUCUUGAUUUUUAUUGUUCUAGGAAAGAUUUGGACUUGAAUGUUGGUCCAUAUUCUGUUGGGAAGAAGGAUCCAAUUGAUUUUAACUUUGCCAAAGACUUUCCAUUUCAAGAGGAUAAUGAUUGUGGAGAAUUUGUUAUCAAGUAUGCUGAUUUGUUUAUCCAUGGGAAGAUUGAUGACAUCCCGAAGAACAUGGCUGCCAAAAUUGCUACCUAUCGUGAUUAUCUUGCCAUUAACUUGUAUAGUCAUGCAAAAAAGAAGCAGAUUGGUGGGUACAAGACAGAAGAUGAUGCUCCAUCAAAGAAAUCAAAGAGGAGGAGGAAUUAUAAGUAGAGAUGUUGGAGUUUUUUUUUUUAGCUGUAUUAACGACCAUGUCUUUUUUUUUCUUUGUUUAAUAGUGAAGUUGUGGUUUGUAACUGGAUACUGUUUUAGUACUGGACUUAUGUAUGGAUUUUUUUUUUUGGUCAAUGUAAAGAAUUGGUUUCAACUUUUGGCUUAAUAUAAAGUUUUUUUUAAUGUAUUUUAUUUUAAUGUGUAUGUUUCUUUUUUCAAUAGAGUUGGUGAUUUUUUUUUUUUUAAAGUGUGAAGAUAUUGUUAUGUACAUGUUUUUUUUUCAUAUUGGUUUCGAUUAUUAUUGUAUGAAGAUGGUGUAACCGGUUACUUCUGUGUUAGAUUGUAAAAGCUAUAUGUUUCAGGUAACUGGUUACUGUUUCUUUAGUUUUUAUUUCUAUUUUUUUAAUUAUUUUUUGAUUUAUUUAUGUUUGUUGUGUUUUUUUUUUGUGUGAACGAUUUGUGAUUAUAUAACUAGGUUUUUUAAGUAGUUGGUUUUAUUAAUAUAUAGUUGUUUGUUAAAUUUUCUUAUAGUAACUGCUUUUUUUUUAUAUAUUUUUAUGUGUUGUAACCAGGUACUUGAAUUUUCAGUUUUUGAAUAUCUUGUGUUGGAACCUAGAAGUUGAGUAUCAAGUUUAUAAUAUUUAUGUUUUUUUGUUUUUUGUGAAAGAUUUGUGGUUAUAUAAUUAGGUUUUUAAAUCGUUGGUUACAUGUAUAUGUAGUUGUUUGUUAAAUUUACUUAUAGUAUCUGUUUUUUUUCUUUCUAUAAUAUGUGUUGUAACUAGGUACUUGAGUCUCCAGAUUUGGAAUAUCUUUGUGUUUGGAACCAUGAAAUUGAGUAUCAAGUUUAUAAAAUGUAAAAUGUUUAAAAAGUUUGUACUUUUAUUGAAGUAGAAAACAUUAGGAUACAAUUUUAUUACAUCAAAUGAAAAUAUUGAAAUUGUAGUAUAUCUAUUCUUUAGAAAAUUAUUUGUCUAUUUUCUUUGACUUUGUUGUGUUUCGCAGCUUUGGGAUUGGUUCAUUCUUGCAUGUUUUUCUAUUAUGCCCUUGCUGCGCGCA